AGCGCCGAGACUGCACGUGGACAAAACAACAAGAAUAUGAUGAAUUACUAAGAUUGUUACCUGGAAGAAGCAAAAAAUAAGCGCGACGUAACGCAAAACGAGAACUGAAACGAAGCUAAUGGAUAGAGUGAGACAGCUGACAUUGAAUACCAAGUGGAUCUCAACCGUAGCCAGCAUCUGGAUCCAGUGCACCAGCGGUUCACUUUACACCUUUUCAAUCUACUCUUCCACUCUCAAAACCACCCAACACUACGACCAAUCAACGCUCGACACUGUCUCCGUCUUUAAGGAUAUCGGGGCCAAUUCCGGAAUUCUCUCUGGCCUUCUCUACACAUACGCCACUAAAGAUCAUCACUGUCCUCACCAACAACAACGACGACGAUGGACCCGUUUUCUGGGGCCUUGGGUGGUCCACAUGACUGGGGCGAUCCAGUGCUUUGCGGGUUACUUCUUAAUGUGGGCCUCCGUUGUGGGGUUGAUUCCAAGGCCGCCGGUUCCGGUCAUGUGCUUGUUUAUGUUAUUGGCGGCUCAUGCGAUGACGUUUUUUAACACGGCUGAUGUUGUCACCUCUGUAAGGAAUUUUCCUUCUUACAGUGGGACUGCUGUCGGCAUAAUGAAGGGAUUUCUUGGUCUAAGUGGAGCCAUUUUGAUCCAAGUAUAUCAGACCAUUUUUAACAAUAAUCCGACCUCAUAUCUUUUGAUGCUGGCAAUAUUGCCGACUGUCAACCCUUUGUUGCUCAUGUGGUUUGUGAGAAUCUACGACAAGAAUGAAGGAGAUGUGAAGAACUUGAACAGUUAUUCAUUGACUGCUCUGAUUGUUGCUGCUUAUCUGAUGGUCAUUAUAAUAUUGGAAAACAUUUUUACUCUUCCAGGUUUAGUGCGCUUCUUUGUAUUUGUUGUACUUCUGUUUUUGCUUGUGUCUCCCCUUUAUUUUGCAAUUAGAGAACAGGAAAGGGAUUUUGGUAGGAUUUCAGGGACUUCCUUUUGUGAAGGGGAGCAGAUAACGGCUGACCCUCAUCAGAUGGAUGCCAGGAAAAUUAUUGCAAGACAAGAUCCUACUGGAUAUCAGUGUUUGCCUAGCAGCUUGGGUGAAGAGAUGGAUACUAACGAUGAAAGAGCUUCACAAUGGAGCGAAAACCUGAAUCUGUUGCAAGCCAUGUGCACAGUGGACUUCUGGAUUUUGUUUCUUGCUAUGGCAUGUGGUAUGGGCUCAGGACUUGCCACGGUCAAUAAUAUCAGUCAGAUAGGAGGAUCUUUUGGUUAUUCAAGCUUUGAAACAAAUUCUUUGGUUUCUUUGUGGAGCAUAUGGAAUUUUCUUGGUCGUUUUGGAGCUGGUUAUGUGUCAGAUUAUAUCCUCCAUGUUAGAGGAUGGGCAAGGCCUUUGUUCAUGGUCAUCACUCUUGCAACCAUGAGCAUUGGUCAUUUGGUGAUUGCUUCUGGUUUGCGUGGUGCUCUCUAUGCUGGUUCAAUAUUGGUGGGUGUUUGUUAUGGUUCUCAGUGGUCAUUGAUGCCCACAAUUGCUUCUGAGAUAUAUGGAGUAGGCCAUCUGGGCACCAUAUUCAAUACCAUUACUAUAGCCAGUCCUGUUGGAUCUUAUAUUUUCUCUGUUAGAGUGGUUGGGUAUAUUUAUGACAGAGAAGCAUCAGGAGAAGGAAAUACAUGCAUUGGGACUCACUGCUUCAUGUUAUCUUUUCUCAUAAUGGCAUCUGCUACUCUUUUGGGUUCUCUUGCUGCUUUGGGAUUGUUUUUUCGGACAAAAAGGUUCUAUAAUGAGGUUAUACUUCGAAGACUGUUACAUUCUGCAAGGGAGUAGAAUAUUCAAACACAAUUUUUUUUUUUCCUUUGUUGCGAUGAAGUGGGUGAAAGGCAAUCUCUGCAAUGCUUUCUAAUGCUUCUGGCAAUAUGAUUUUGAACUGGAUAUUACUAGACCUGUGGAGAUGUAAUGGAAAAAGGAGGAUGCGAACUGUUUUUGUUAGGCUAUAUUACCAAAAUACUGUUGUAUAUUUUCUCCCAGUGGCACAUCUGAUUUAGAAUUUAAUACUAAUAUGAACAGUUCUGCGAGUUUUAACA